AUGAGUGAGGCUCGUGGCUUUGUCCUUGAGAUGAGUGCUCAGAUGUUAAGUGAAGGAGACGAGAUGCGAGAUGGAACGAUCGGUGUUAAUGCAAGAGUCGAGGCGAACUCCGGUGAAACUGGGGGGCUAGUCGCAUUGGAGAGGCAACCCAAGUCGCCAAAGGUGAGGUGCCAUGGGCACUGCCAGGCGAGGCGGCCUAGGAUGCCAGACGAGGCGAUGGGCAGGCGUCGACUGGUGGGUGCACUGAUUGUGGAGGAGGGUCAAUGCCAGCUGGGCAAGGAUGGACGAGGGCGGCAUCACCGAAGGCUGGGCGUGACCAAGGAAGCGAGCUCGCAGGCGGCAUUGCUGGAUGCUAGGCACGGCCAGACGAGCACGCCAGUGGCGUUGUUGGUCGUUGGACGCAAAUGGGCGGCGCCGGCGGGGUUCUUGAUAUGGGGUGAGCCAGGCAAGACGGCUGAGCUUGGGCACAGAGCUAUGGAGCUUGGGUAUGGAGCUAUGGAGGAGGGAACACUAGUGUUUUCGACAACAACGACUCUAGGCAGGCGGUGGAUGGUAUGA